AUGGCCCCUCCAGCGUUGCGCCCAGAGAAUGCUCUGAAAAGAGCCGAAGAGCUGAUCACUGUGGGUGAACCGCUCGCUGCUUUGCAGUCGCUGUAUUCAUAUCUGUCGAUGAGAAGAAUCCGGUUUGCGGAGCCUCAGUCUUUGGAGCCAAUUGUGUUCAAGUUUUUGGAACUUGGUGUGAACUUGAAGAGAGGUAAGAUCAUCAAGGAUGGUUUGCAUCAGUACAAGAAAAAUAUGCAAGUGACACCCGAGGGUUUGAACUCGGUGGGUGCUGUAUCACGUAAGUUUAUCGACUUGAUCGAAGCCAAGAUGGCUGAAGAACAGGCCAAGGCCGACGAACUGGAACAGAACGAAGCAGACGAAGAUUUGGAAGGUGGCGUAACGCCAGAAAACUUGCUCAUUUCUGCAGCUGAAGAAGAACAAUCGGUUGCCGGUUUCAAUGACGAAGCAAUCAUUUCGUGGCUCAGAUUCACCUGGGAGUCGUACCGUGCCGUUUUGGAUUUGGUCAGAAACAACUCGCAGUUGGAAUUAACGUACUCCGGUGUUGUCAACAGAACUAUGAAUUUUUGCUUGAAAUACAAUCGUAAAAACGAAUUCAAGAGAUUGGCCGAAAUGUUGCGUCAACAUUUGGACUCUGCCAACUACCAACACAAGCCAUCCGGGUACCAGCAGAGAUACAACAACAACAACAACUACACCGUGGACCUGUCUGAUGCCAGCACCCUGCAAAGAUAUCUAGAACAGCGUUUCCAACAGGUCAACGUUUCAGUCAAGCUGGAAUUGUGGCAUGAGGCCUUCAGAUCGAUCGAGGACGUUCACCAUUUGAUGGCUAUCUCCAAACGUGCCCCCAAGCCUCCAGUGUUGGCCAACUAUUACGAGAAUUUGGCUAAGAUCUUUUUCGUGUCUGGAAACUAUCUUCUCAAUGCUGCUGCGUGGGAGAAAUUUUACAAGCUGUAUUUGAGCAACCCCAAGGCCACGAAAGCUGACUUCCAGCACUACUCCUCAACCUUCCUGCUUUCCAGUUUGGCAAUUCCAGCUGACGAUCUGCCUGUGGUCGGAUACGACCCAUUGAUUCGUUUGUGCAACUUGUUGAGUUUGGAGUCAAAACCAACUAGACAGCAAUUGAUACUUGCCGCUACUGAAGAGUCCGUCUUCUCUGAGGUUGAGGAAGAAGUCAAGCAGCUCUACUCCCUUCUAGGCGAAAAGUUUGACAUCAACACUGUGAAGGACGAAUUGACCAGAUUGUUGCCAUCUCUGGAAAGUAAGUCCUACUUUUCUUCUUACGUCACACCAUUGAGAGAUGUCAUCAUGAAGAAAUUGUUUAUCGGCAUUUCUGAGUCUUACGAGUCUAUUCAAUUUGACGAAUUGGUUUCUUUGACUACAUUGCCUGGUCCAUUCGAACUGACGAAGCUGCAAAUCGAAAAGUUUUUGAUGCAGGCUGCUAUGGAAGAUUAUGUCACUUUCACCAUCGACCACGAAACCGGUACCGUCUCAUUCACUAAAGACCCAUUUGAGGCUUUGACUGCCGUUUCCAGUACUGGCGCCACUCCUGCCGCGGAAGAAGAUGAUCAAGAAGAGUUGGAAGAAAAUGCCAGCACUCUAGAGGGUGAAGAAAACGAAGGCGACAAUGAAGCAGACAAUGAGCGUGAACCCGUGGUCACUCGUAACGCUGCUAUCAGAGCUCACUUGAGUGAUCUUGCAAAGCUUCUAAAGGAUGUUGAGGGCUUUGCUAAUGGUUCUUAUAUGUUCAAGGUCAAGGUUGCUCGUGAGAACUUGAUUCAACAGUCCAACGAUACUAUUGGUCGUGAGCGUAAGGCUGCAGAGGAAAGAGCUAAGCAGGUUGAAGAAAGAAAGAAGGCUGAAUCUGGUAGACAUCUCACUGCCGAGCAGGCCACUGAAGAACGUUUGAGACGUAUGGCUGAAGAAAAGGCUGCUGCAGACACCAGAAUGGAAAGUGAAAUGAAGCGUCGUGCGGAAGAAAAGUUGGAGCGUGAAAAGGCUUUGGUCAGAGAAGCUGAAAUGAUCAAAUUGAUUGAAGAAGUCAAUGCAAAGGGCAUUAUUCAUAUUGACCUCAAGGAAGCCAAGACUUUAACAGCCGAGGACGUGAGAAGAAUGACGAUCGAACAACUUUCGAAGGAUAAGAAGGAUUUGGAAGAGCGCAUGAAUUAUGCGUUCAAGAGAAUCGACCACACCGAAAGAGCCCUAAGAAAGGUCGAAUUACCUGCAUUGGAAAAGGACGCAGGUAACCAAGAAUCUAGAGAUUUGGAGAACUACGAAAAGAUGAAGUCCAAGCUCACAGAUGCUGCAAAGAAGGAGCAUGUAGAGAACGUUAAGCUUCACGAACGUCUACAGAAAAUCAAUGCCGACUAUCAAAAGUUCAAGACUGAUCUUUUGUCCACGAGAGGUGAGGAACUUGAGAAGGCGCGUGUUGAGAAAGCUGCCAAGUUCGAAGCUGCCAAGAAGGCCCGUAUUGAAAAGGUCCGCAAACAGCGUUACGACGAAUUGGUUGCUGAGAGAGCAGCGGAACUCAAAGUCAAGGAAGAUGCUGAGCGUAUCGAGAAGGAGCGCGAAGAACGUGCCCGGAUAAACAAAGAGAAGGACGAAUUGUACGCCAAGCAAAGAGAAAGAGAAGAAGCCAUUGAGAGACAACUCCAAACCAAGAACGCUGGUGCAGCAGCACCGGCUCCAGAGGCCGCCGCGUCAACUGCAUCUCUAUCAUUUGCCGAGAAGAUGAGGUUGAGAAGACAGGGUGUCCCUGUGCCUGAGGAUGCUCCUGCUGCUAGGACACCAGCACCAGCACCAGCACCAGCACCAAUUGCCAGAGCACCAGCGCCAAUUGCACCUGCGUCUAGCCAGCCUCCAGUCGAGGGCAAAGAGUUAUCGUUCGCAGAGAAGAUGAGAUUGAAGAGAGCUCAGAGAUGA